AUCAGCGCGAUCAGUCUUCGUCGGUUGCUUAGACGGUUCGGUAGUGCGCGCUCUCCCCAACUCACAAAAAGCGUGGUUUGACUUCUGCGGCUGGGGGCUAUGCAACGCGUAUACGACGACGAUCGUGGUGGAUUUGGUCGAAAACAAGUUGCAUUGUUGUUGGAUGAAAAACGGCGACACAAAACUAUAUAUGCGUGAAAAAUUACAUAAUUUAUAAAUGAUAGUGGAGUGCUGCGUGCUCUGGUGUGCAAUUUGAGGCCCAGUCGAUGACAUUGCUCGGAAUAGUGUGAGGUAGCUUAUCAAUGAAAUCUGGGAUGAGUCAUUGAGCGAUUCCAAUCACAAACGGAUUUGGUGAAUAUUUAGUGCGAUUUUUGUUAAAGUGAAAUAUUUUUUGUGAAGUGCGCAGAGUGACAAAUAGUUUUUAUUUCCGCUAAUUGCUAGCGGUCGGUGACUAAAACAAAGAAAGAGGCACAAAAAAGUUUUUUCGUUGUCGAUGUAAUAAUACUUGAAGUGAAAGCAACAUGUGAAAGCAGAUAGGCGUCUCUGUACCUUCCACCGAUUCCACGAUCAAAGCAAAGAAGCCAGUUGUUUACAUUUUGCGCUGGAGCUUUUAUUUACCCAUCGAAGCCGUUGAUUCGAUCUUUUAUUUCGUUUUGUUCGCCGAACGAUCGCCUACUAGUGAGUUGUUUUUGCCUUUUUUAUGAGGAAAGUGGGAAAAUUGUAUGGACUAAAAGUGACGGAGAUAAAGUCAAAUCACUGACAUCAUUUCCAUCCCUGAGCAGUGAAUGUAUUUGCGGCACCCCAAGUAAGGGAUGAAAGUGAAGCUAAGGAGGUUCACGCUGUAUAAAUGAGAGGCACCUCGUCCAACCCAUCAUUGAAGUCGAUCGAAUUGACCAACAGAAGAGAAGAUCGCGAUAGGAGUGCAGACAGUUGCAGGCAUUGCAGUUUAUGUUCGGUCCCACGGUGUCCCCAGUGACUAGAGCCCACCUAAAUGAUGUUAUUGGCAAAAGCUUUGCUGGUGUGCUGUUUCACGAUAUUGGCCGAACUCAGCGUGAUUGAAGCUCUCUAUCAAAACGAAUUUAUCAACGAUCUGCUGGAGGAACGAAAGCAUUAUGAAGCAGCCCAAAAAUCUAUUGCUGAGUGGAGAAGCACACUUACCAGAAACAGGAAAAAACGAGCAGACAAAGUUGUUUGCUAUGGGGAGCUGGGCUGCUUCGAAGAGACUGCAUAUCUGGAAAUGCUUCCAUCGUCACCGGAGGAAAUCAACACAAAAUUCUACGUUUAUUCGGCCAAGCAUCGGAGUGAGAAGCCCAUUCUGGAGUUUUUCUACGAUGAAAUUGCUAAAACGAAUAACGGCACCACACCCACUCCGCCACCAACUGCACCACCGACACAAUCCACAACAGCGAAGGCUACUAAUGGAACCGCACCGGUCAAGCAUCGCUACGCACCAGAGAAGAUCUACGAAAAAUUCGGGAAUCUGGAGAACGUAACAGCAAGGGCCAUCAUCCAUGGUUUCGGAUCUAGCUGCACGCACGUUUGGGUGUACGAAAUGAGGACAGCUCUAAUGGCAGUGGAAGACUGCAUUGUAUUAUGCAUGGACUGGGAAAAUGGAGCAACGUUGCCGAACUACGUCCGAGCGGCUGCCAAUACACGACUGGUUGGAAGACAGCUGGCAUAUCUGUUGAAGGGGCUAGAAGAGCACAACAAACUUAACAUGACUCGAGUUCAUUUGAUUGGUUUUAGCUUAGGUUCGCACGUAGCCGGAUUCGCCGGGAUGGAACUGAAAGGUCUGCAGCGUAUCACGGGGCUGGACCCUGCCGGUCCAUUGUUUGAGGCACAGCACCCUCAUGCUCGCCUGGACGAUACCGAUGCCGGGUUCGUUGAUGUGAUUCACUCGAAUGGCGAGAAUCUGAUUCUCGGAGGUUUGGGCUCAUGGCAACCGAUGGGUGCGGUUGAUUUCUAUCCGAAUGGGGGCCGAGUACAGCAUGGUUGUUCUAAUCUGUUCGUGGGUGCCGUAACUGAUAUAAUUUGGGCUCCACCUGGUUCGGUGGAAGGACGCUCACUAUGCAACCAUCGAAGAGCGUAUAAAUUCUUUAUUGAUUCGGUGGCACCAAAGUGUUUGUUUCCUGCAUUUCCUUGUGAUAAUUACGAAAGUUUCCUCAAAGGAGACUGUUUCACUUGCAACCGAGUUGAGAAUGGAACGGAAACGUCCGUUUGCGGAAACAUGGGUUAUUAUGCGGAUCGAUCCGUAGGACGAGGUCAGUUGUAUUUGAAGACUCGUGAGGAGGAGCCUUUCUGUGCCCAUCAAUAUAAGUUGCAAAUCCAGAGCGCACCGAACGAGCUCCCUUUGAGAACGCUUGGGCGAUUGGAGGUGGAACUAGAAAGUGACGGUGGACUGACAGAGGUGUUCACCAUUACCGAGAAAGAUGAUGCAGAAAUUUUCGCAGGUGAAAUGAUUUCGCAGAUUCUCGUGCCACAUCCGGCGCUCGGCUUCCCAAAAAAUAUUACGCUCACCUAUAUGGCAUAUAAAGGAUGGCUCACCAGAGGAUUGACGACUUGGAGCAUCGACAAAAUCAUUUUGAGUGACGGAUUUGGGAAAAGCUUCUCAUUGUGUAAACAAAUGCACUUGGAAUCCAACUCCCCGCUUCACAUGACGCUUCUAUCUGGAGAAUGUGAAGAUGAAGACGACUACGUACAUCAGCAAACAGAUGAAGUUCAUUCAACUGAUUCACCGGAAGAGAGCGACGAAGGUGACGACUAUGAUGAUACAUCCAAAGGGCAAAGUAACGAAAGAAAUGACGUCAACCCGCAUGCCUAUGCUUCACAUGGAUUCCGUGGUAAGGGACCCCAUGUUGAUUUUGAUAAAAAUAUAGAUACUCAACCGUGGCAACCGAUCGUCAUUGAUCUACCGAGGAGUUAUCGAAAUGCCGAUAUAAACAGCUCAUACCCCGUCUAUAUCACUCCUUCUACGACAAAUCCAACCACGACAACGCGGGAAGCUAUCAGUGAACCGAUUCUGAAACGAGUGCAGCAUGAACCACGAAAGCUACAAAACAAAAGUAAGGAUCGCAGCAGCGACAAACGGUCAAUCGAAUCGCCUUCCAGCAAGGACUUGGCGGCUCCACCACCGCCACCUCCGACAGCGGAAAGUAAAAUGAUCACUGUGCAGCUGUUUCCUUAUAGAUUUGCGAAUGUUUUUGAGAAAGCAGAACGAUACGCAAGACUGACCUUAUUGCCAUUACUGACGGAACAAUUUCCACAGUUUUUUAGAACUACCAAGUCAAUUGAUGAUGAAUCUUCUCACCUCGAAAAUGUAGAGUUCAAUGAGACGGAGCCAAUCCCAACUCCGACAAUAUACAAAACAAACAGAACCGAUAAGCCGACUGUGGCGAACAGGAGGUCAGAUUCCCAGCUCACGACAGUCAGUGAUUCGCUCGGAGAGCAAAGGAAUUUCAAUGGUGGCGAUAAACUUGAUAUCCUACCACCAAGUACUCGCCGAGCUUACAUCAGCGAGGAUGCACUGUUCAGUAUGCACCGAGUAGAAGAGUCAACCGCGAAGGCGGACGAUUCCCCCAGGAGGAUCGACGAAGAUAGCGAGGAGGAGCCGAUAAUUCGGAUCGACUUGCCAACGUUCAGGCCUCCAAAGUCGAAGAUGUUGUCGCUCGCAGAUCCACCGCAGUCGCGAUUUAUCCCGCUGAAUUACAAGCAGGAGAGUAAAGAGGAUGUGAUGAGAAGCAGCAUACGCAACGUGAUGGGUGAUACAAAACCAAAUGAUAGCAAAAGCUGAGUGUGAGAGAGAAAUUGUGACAGUAUUUAAUUAUAUGUUGUAAGUGAUAUCUGUUAAUGAUUUAAUUAUUAGCGCAAUUAUACGUACUUUAAAUACGUUUCUAUUGUA